CAUCGCCGGGAAACGAACGGAACGAUCGCGUCAUGGCAGGGUUUCUGAAAGUCGACCAGACGAGGAUCGUCGAUGAGGAGGGGAAGGAGGUCAUCUUGCGAGGGGCCGGACUGGGGGGCUGGAUGACCAUGGAGAACUUCAUAUCAGGAUAUCCUGGCUGCGAGUUCCAGAUACGCGAAGCCCUAGCUGAGGCCAUUGGGCAAGAGAAAUCCGAGUACUUCUUUGACAAGUUCCUCGAGCAUUUCUUUGCGGAGCCCGACGCGGCCUUCUUCAAGUCCCUCGGGCUCAACUGCAUUCGCAUCGCGAUCAACUACCGGCACUUCGAAGAUGACCUCAAUCCCCGCGUGCUGAAGCAAUCUGGGUUCAAGCAUCUUGACCGCGUCGUGGCCGCAUGCGCAAAGAAUGGCGUCUACACCAUCCUCGACAUGCACACCGUACCCGGAGGGCAGAACGGUGGCUGGCAUUCAGACGCCGGCACGCAUAUCGCCAACUUCUGGAUCCACAAGGACUUCCAGGAUAGACUCGUCUGGCUCUGGACUGAGAUCGCGAAACACUACAAGGACGAAAGGUGGAUCGCGGGCUACAACCCCAUGAACGAGCCAGCCGACCCGCAACACAGCGGGCUCGUCGCCUUCUACGACAGCGUCCACGCCGCGAUCAGGUCCGUCGACCCAAACCACAUCCUCUUUCUGGACGGGAACACCUACGCCACAGACUUCUCCGGGUUCCCUGAUGACGCGGGGACGCGCUGGACGAACACCGCCUAUGCGAUCCAUGACUACUCCGUGUACGGCUUCCCGGAUAGCCCGGAGCCAUACGCGCGCACAGACGAGCAGAACAGGCGCAUGAAGAGGAGCUACGAAAAGAAGCGUGCCUGGAUGGACGAAAAGGGGCUCUGCGUCUGGAACGGAGAGUGGGGCCCUGUGUAUGCAAGGCAGGAGUACGAGGGCGACGCGACGGACGAAAUCAACGAACGGCGCUACAACGUCUUGAACGAUCAGCUCCAGCUCUAUGCAAAGGAUCGACUCAGCUGGUCGAUCUGGCUCUAUAAGGACAUCGGAUUCCAAGGCAUGGUGUACGUCUCUCCCGAGACGGCGUACAGGCAGCACUUCCGCAGCUUCUUAGAGAAGAAGUAUCGCCUGGCUGCCGACUCGUGGGGUGCCGACGACAAACACGUGCGGGACAUCUACAGGCCCAUCGUGCGGCUGAUCGAAGACAACGUGCCGAACGAAGAGCAUCGCAAGUUGUACCCAUACCCGGUGUGGACAGUGCAGGGGCGCGUGGCACGGCUGGCACGGUGCAUGCUCAUCAGCGAAUUCCUAGUGAGGGAGUGGGCGGACGUGUUCAAAGGCAUGUCCAUCGAGCAGUUAAACCUUCUUGCGGAGAGUUUCAAGUUUGAAAAUUGCAUGAAGAGGGAAGGGCUCAACGAGGUGUUGCGGGAGCAUGCCAAGCAGGCACAGUCGACCUGA